AGUCCACUGGUAAAGCACGAUCUAAGUUGUGACGUAAGAGUGUGUGACGUACACUCUUAUUUACAUCACGUGAUAUCUCUACCCAGCAUGGACGAAAAAUGGCGACUAAUAGUAUUCGAGUCCUAGCUUCUCGCUUUCAGCAAAUCAUCCACAGAGGUCCACUAUUCAACCUUAAUUCACUUACUCCAUCAUUGAAAGCCCAUCCGGCGCUCAGAUCAUGUGUGCAUACCUGUCCAAUCCGAUGUACAUCUAAGGAUACGGUGAAUAAAGUUAAAAGUGCAGUCAUCGCUGGUUCCCCAGAAACAGGGGCUGAAGUUGAUGCACAAGUGUCUGAUAAGAAACCUGGAGCGAUAAUUCCAGACUUGAGUACAUCUCUAGUUUUCAAUGGCGUCCCUUUUGAUGAUAUCCCUAUCGCAAAUAUUAAAGCAACUUGGAACAACACGCACAUUAUAGUGGUUGAUCCCACAAAUGUUCGUAAAUAUAUAUCAAAAGCAACAUGUGGCUCUGAAGGAUUUAAAAAUGCCAAGAAAGGGACAAGUGUUGCAGCCCAGACUGCUGCCAUAGCAGCUGCUACGAGAGCAGCGGAGAAAGGGGUAAAAAUGGUGCGAGUAAUGGUGAAGGGCAUUGGACCAGGAAGACAGGCAUCUAUUAAAGGUCUACAAAUGGGUGGUUUGGAAAUUAUAUCAAUCACCGACAAUACACCAGUGCCCCAUAAUGGCUGCCGUCCGAGGAAGGCUCGGAGACUUUGAUUGGAUGAGCAGCUUCAGCACUUGUCAAUCUAAUAUCCACUGAUGGUGGUGAUGAUGUUGCUAGCAAUGGUACAAUGUCAGGCAUUAGCUAUGGUACAAUAUCAGACUUAGCUAUGGUACAAUGUCAGGCAUUAGCUAUGGUACAAUAUCAGCUAUUAGCUAUGAUGCUCUGUUAAUUGUUGCAAUGAAUCGAGUCAAGCAAUAAUAACGAAGAUACACAAUAGUUGGUUUUAAAAACAACAAAAUCUUUCAAAAUUGAUGCAAUUUAUAAACACAAACUACUAGGAAUUAUAAUAUUUCUUGUUUAAAUGAUUUUAGUUUUGUUUUUGGUAUGUUUUAACUGAAUACAUUUUAACAAUACAAGUAACAUUAGAUUUGAGAAUAUUUAAAUGAUUUUAGUUUUGUUUUUGGUAUGUUUUAACUGAAUACAUUUUAACAAUACAAUUAACAUUAGAUUUGAGCAUAUUCUCAACACCUUUGUUGCUUGUUAACCUGUACCAGCUGGUGUGUGGGAAUAUUCCAAGAAGUUCUUUCCUUGUUGUACCACAACUGAUUAAAAUGUUCAGGGUUAGAUGCAACAACCACAUUGCUUGAUAUUAUCAAUAUUUUACAAUAAUUAGUCUAAUUCUUUUUUUAUAUUCUAAAUUUUAGUUUUUCCCUGACAAUGUUUUUUUUUGUCAGUGUAGAUAAUUCUCUUCUUUCCUUUACACAUUUCGACAGAAUAAUUAUUUGCAUUUCCACCCCCUCCACCCUCAUUAACAGAUGGCAGCAUUUUUUAUAUUCAUCAUUAAUUAUGUUUAUGUAAAUGUAUUGUAUGGUCAUUGUUCAUAUAUAGAAUAAAUAAAUGGAAAUGAACAUGUGAUUUUGUUAUAUCUGGAUGGUUGAUUGCAACACUGCAAUGGCUAAUAAUAUAUUACAGUACUAUUAGUAAAUACAUUAAUACUACUAGGUUUAUCCUGAUAUAUCCUUCAAAACAGAAUUUUUGCCCAUUUUUUAGCUGUCAUCUGUCUACAGGUUUAGUUUGCUAUGUUUUUUUUAUGUUUUUUUCUUUUUUAACUUCUUAAUUCAUUUAAAUGACGAAAUGUCUUGGUUUGCUAUUUUGUUACCAUUUUUCCCUGCUUAUUUUCUGUUACCAUUACGUACGUUGUUUCUAAGAAUAUUCACCAAUAAUUUUCUAGAACAUUAAAAUGGAAACCUAUAUGUUUGUGUUGGAGGUUGAAUUGCAAAUCUUUGCAUCUCCUCUGAUAAUUGUGUGUAUCACCUAAACGUGUGUAUAUUACACAUCUUUGACUUGUGAACUCAAUGCAUCACUUUUUUUAGUAGUUGCUUAAGUCACCGUAAUUGUGAAUACUGUUACACCUGUUUAAAUGAACUCCAAAGCUUGAAUAAAUGUUACCAGUGACCGGUAAGCAUUCACGUCA